GAUUCAUGGAUGAUAUGUUUCUUCCAUGAGUGCUGCUGCUACAAAACAAAAGAAGCAGUUUUCAAGCGGAGGGGAAGCAAGAUAUCUUGGAAUGAUUAGUUAAUUUCUUUCCCAAUGAUUGAGUUGCCUUGCAGCACGAGAGAUCCUGCUAAGAAUCUCAAGUAGUGGGGGAGGGUGAGACUAGAGAGAGAAAGAGAGGACGAUGAAGUCCAUGAAUAAUGAUAACAGCAACGCCAAUAACUGGUUAGGUUUCUCUCUCUCACCCCACAUGAACAUUGAGGUUCGUCCAGAAUCCCAUCAUCAUCAUCAUCAUCAUCAUUCCAAUCAUAGUCAAACACACCCUCCCGCUGCAGCUGUUUCUACUGCAGUUCCAAGUAGCUUCUUCCUACCUCCUCCUGCUCCUUGUCACUUGAACAACCCCGGAAUCUGUUAUGGGGUUGAUGGAGAAAAUGGUGGAUUCUAUUCUCACUUGCCCAUAAUGCCACUGAAGUCUGAUGGUUCUCUUUGUAUAAUGGAAGCUUUAACCAGGUCACAAACUGAAGGGAUGGUGCCAACUUCAUCCCCCAAGCUCGAAGACUUCUUAGGUGGUGCAUCAAUGGGAAACCAUCACUAUGGAAGCAAUGAAAGAGAAGCCAUGGCUCUCAGUUUGGACAGCAUGUAUUACCAACAAAACACAGAACCUGAUGCCAACAGACACAACUUUCUCCAACAACCAUUUAGGCAGCAACAGCCGCAGCAGAUUCAAGUUCAAGUUCAAGUUCAACAGCACCCUUAUUUCUCUGGACUAAAUGGCCAUGAGAUGUUCCACGCACCACUGGCGGAGGAGGAGGAGGAGAAUGAACCCAAGGAAGCACAUCUUGCAGAUUGCAGACUUCAGCUCCCUCCAAUGGAUGAAGAUGCAAUACCAGGCCUCAAGACUUGGGUUGCUAGGCAGUAUUCAACCAACCUGGCAUUGGAACGUAAAAUGACCGGUUGCAUUAGUGAAGAUGGAGCAGGAACUACGUCUGUUGGUCCGAUGGGCUAUGGGGAUUUGCAGCCUCUGAGCUUGUCCAUGAGCCCUGGUUCUCAGUCAAGCUGUGUAACAGCCCCACACCAGAUUUCUCCGACUGGAACUGAAUCUAUGGCCAUGGAAACAAAGAAGAGAGGGUCUGGAAAGGUGGGUCAAAAGCAACCUGUUCAUAGGAAGUCCAUUGACACAUUUGGACAGAGAACCUCUCAGUAUAGAGGCGUUACAAGGCAUAGAUGGACUGGUAGAUAUGAAGCCCAUCUAUGGGAUAAUAGUAGCAAGAAGGAAGGGCAGACCCGGAAAGGAAGGCAAGUUUAUCUGGGGGGUUAUGAUAUGGAAGAGAAAGCUGCCAGAGCUUAUGAUCUAGCGGCGCUCAAGUAUUGGGGUCCUUCUACCCACAUCAAUUUCCAACUGGAAAAUUAUCAGGAAGAACUGGAAGAAAUGAAGAACAUGAGCAGGCAAGAAUAUGUUGCUCACUUGAGAAGGAAAAGCAGCGGUUUCUCGAGGGGAGCUUCGAUGUACCGUGGAGUAACAAGACAUCAUCAGCAUGGGAGGUGGCAAGCUCGGAUUGGCAGGGUUGCAGGAAACAAAGACCUUUAUCUCGGGACAUUCAGCACCCAGGAAGAGGCAGCUGAGGCUUAUGACAUCGCAGCAAUCAAGUUCCGAGGGGUGAAUGCAGUCACAAACUUUGAUAUAACAAGAUAUGACGUUGAACGAAUCACAGCAAGCAAUACAUUGCUUGCUGGAGAGCUUGCCAAGCGAAACAAAGAUACAGAAUCGAGAGAGUUUGCUGUUGAUCACCCUGCCUCUGCCUCUGCCUCAGCUCAGAACAGCAUCGCAGAAGCUAGUGUCUCCCAAGAGAAAACUGGGGACUGCGCAGACUGGAAGGUGGUUAUGUAUCAGUCCUCCGACCAAACCAUCACUUGUGUUGAACCAAUCGAUCAGAAACCCAUGAAUUACAGGAACCCGUCUUUCUCAGGAGCCCUACACGAUCUGAUUGGAAUUGAUCAUGGUGUAGACGAUUCGGCCAAACAGGGGACCUACUUGUCCAAUGCAUCGUCUCUGGUUACCAGCUUAAGCAGUUCCAGAGAAGGCAGCCCAGAUAGAAAUGGGCUCCCUAUGCUCUUUGCGAAAUCUACUGCGGCAUCGAAGCUCGUUGGCCCCACUGCCACCAUGAAUGCUUGGAUUCCAUCAGCCCAGCUGAGGCCUGCAAUUGCAAUGGCUCAUAUGCCUGGCUCUGCCGCAUGGUCAGAUACCUGAGCUUUUUCCUGUUUGUUAAAAAAGCUGUGUCAAGUGUCGACAGAUGUUUUGGGGGAAAAAUAAGAAAAAGGCAGAGCAACAAACAGAACGAGAGAGAGAGAGAGAGGAUUACAACUAUGCGUAGGCUGUAAGUGGAUGAAAAUUGGGAUUAUUAAAAGAAGGUCAAGGUGGGACCAUUAAUCUGUCUUAACGAAAGCUUGAAAAAACUGAAUGUCUUGGGCGGGUUCCUUUUAGCCCAUGUUGGGGAUGAAAGAUUUUCCAGAAUUGGUUGAAGCCAGCCAGCCAGUAAUGAUUGUAUUCUGUGGAAUGAUUUUGGUAAUAUGGGGGGUGGAGGAGGGUGACCCCAUCUAUCUUCAAAUCUCUUCUCUUUUUCUCCAAAGUUAGCAGACAUUCCAUCUCAUUAUGCAAAAAGGGUUUUAGCUAGAUUCCCCGAAAUGAAGACUUUCUUUUGUUGAGUUUUAACUUU